AUGGACGACCCCGCGAUAGAGCCGCUCAUUGCCGCUGAUGCUGUCGCCCACUCUCGCCGCCGCCUGUCGUCCUCGAAACUCACUUCCGCCCUGCAUGAUGCCGCAAGACCACGAUCCCAGGCCAACGAUGCCGGCGCACUCGAUCCAGACACCUGUCGCAUCUGCAGAGGUGAGGCCACCGCCGACGAACCUCUCUUCUACCCCUGCAAAUGCAGCGGCAGCAUCAAGUACGUCCACCAGGACUGCCUGAUGGAAUGGCUCUCUCACUCGCAGAAGAAACACUGUGAGCUUUGCAAGACGCCGUUCCGCUUCACCAAGCUCUACUCGCCCAAGAUGCCCAAGACGUUGCCCGCCCACGUCUUCGUCGGCCACAUGGCCAAGUAUCUCUUCCGGAACGUCCUUGUCUGGCUGCGCGCCGCCCUGGUCAUCAGCGUCUGGCUGUGCUGGCUGCCCUAUCUGAUGCGAUCCGUCUGGGCCUUCCUGUUCUGGGUCAGCGACGAGGGGCUGGGUAGCGGCGUUCUGUGGAAUAGCUCCAAUGCCACCGUCAGCCGAGGCGUCUCGGUCGCCUUCUCUGUCGCCAACUCCAACGUCUGCCCGGCUUCGCCUCUUCUCGAACCCACCACAACUCCCGCAAACCUGGGAGGAAUGUUGAAGGACAUUAUCCAGGGCCAGGAGUUGCCUUUCAGCCGGUCAUUUCACGGCGUCAACAUCACCACCAACGAUUCCAUGUCGGCUGCUCUCCUGAGAAUGCUCCUUGGUUCCAUCACGUCCUCGGGGUCCAACAACUCCACCGCCGCAUCCGCCGGAGGCAGUGACCCCGUUCUGGAUCGCCAUCCGUCAUUGUUGAGCGGCGUCACGUGGUUGCGCAACAUGACCAGGUACCCAGUAGUGAACCGGACAAUCAUUGGCGUGUUGGAGGGUCAGAUCAUCACAAUCUUGGUCAUCAUCUCAUUCAUUCUCGUCAUCCUGGUUCGCGAUUACGUCGUCCAGCAGCAACCCGAGAUCAACAUGCGGGCUGCCUUUGCUGCCAACGACAACCAGCAGCCUCAAGAUCAGCCCCAGCCGCAGCCGCCGCAGCCCCAGUUCCGGCGUCCGCAUCGUCGUGAGAAUGAGAACGAGCAUGGCCACGAGCAUGUUCAUGAGCAUGAGCAUGAUAUCGAGCAUGAGCACGAGCAUGAUGACGAUGUCGAUAUUCUCAACCACUUCCACAACGAAGAUUUGAGAGGUCCGAGUGAAAGCGACGAGGACGAGGACGAUUCGGCAACUGCCGAGCCUCCUGGCGAUCACGACGACAUGCCUCAAAUGUCGUGGGGCGACCAAGACCCUACCUUCGGAGUCGCGGACGCUCCACAGCCAAGGACCCUCGGUGCUUUGGGCCCACGCGCCUUUGACAGAGCAGCGACAGAUUUCGACUUCAACACGCCGCCUGAGGGCGGACCCAAUGGGGAUGAGGACGCCCAGACGCCCGUCGCCACUGUCCACGAAUACCUUCGUAUCUAUCGCCAAGCGAAUGGCGACCCUGAGAAAAUUCUCAAGAUCAUCGAGGAGGAGGACUUGGAUGAGCCGCUGGGUUACUGGGCCAGAAUCACAAAGUCCAUGAUAGAUAAGAACCGGGAAAUGGGCGUUCCUCAACCGAGAAACGACUCGGACAGGUCCGAAGGACCCUCAAACUCUGGAGACUCAACGACCCCGCCCCCUUUCGCAGUUCAGCUGCCUGCUCCUUCAACACCGCAGUUCUCCUGGCCGCCUCAACAACACUCGCCGGAAAACAGUACCGAUGGCGUCGGCAAAGGAAAGGGCAAAGCUAUCCAGCAAGAAGACAUGCAUGGAUCUACGACCGGCGGCGAAGGUGUAAGCGAGAUGCGAGCAUCGCCUUUCCAGAGCCCUCUUCGACCCAGAUCAGUCUCCGAUGGCCCGCAAAGAAACGAUACCAUCAACCCCUUGGCAAACAACAGCUGGUCCUUCUCGGGGCUGAACAAGUUACCCCCUGCUGAGCCCGAGACCGAAGAGCCAAUGCAGACGUUCGGCGCUGCGCCUAGGCCCUCCAACGCCGGCGCACUUGCCGUUCGCUCCACUCCACCGCGUAGCAACUCCCCGGAACAUCUCUCGCACACGGACCUUGGGGCUGACUCUGCGGAGUCUCCUCGGGAGAACGGUAUUUUCGAUCAUCGAGAACGGGAUCCGCAGCCUGCAGGCUUCGAUGGUCUGCCAGAAUACCGCGCUGAUGUCCCCGAGGCCAUCGAAGAUGCCAACGGCGCUCUCCAAGAAGGCGAAGACGGCCGAGCGGCUCAGCGGCCGCCUCUCCAGCGAGGAGUCAUGGACCGAGUUGCCGACUUCAUGUGGGGUGACAUCGAGGUCCGCGAGCUGGACAUUGGUGGACGCGACGACGGAGCCGUCCAUGACCACAAUCAUGACGGCGACGACGACGAUGACGAUGACUUUGACGACGAAUUGGAUGACGACGACGACGACGACAACGUUGAGCAGGAUCGCGAGGUUGUCGAAGCUGCUGUGGCCGCCGGUCUUGACCCCGAAGCCAUCGACGAUGCCGAAGAUUUCGAAGGCAUCAUGGAGUUGAUCGGCAUGCGCGGCCCCAUCGCCGGCCUCUUCCAAAACGCCAUCUUCUGUGUUGUGCUGGUGUCUGUCACGAUCUUUGUGUGCGUCUUCAUACCCUACAAUCUCGGACGCGUCAGCGUUUGGGCAGCCAUGAACCCCAUGCGCCUGGUCCGCAUGCUUUUCAGCAUGACCAAAUUCAUUCAAGAUGUCGCUGUCGGUGUCAUGGCCGGACUGGGCAGCCUCACCCUCUGCUUCAUCUAUACGUCGGGCAGGAUGAUGGGCUUCCCCGCUGGAAAUGGGGUCGGCUUGCUCAUGACCAAGACUUUCAAUAUCUUCAUGAGCGCGUCCAGUCGGGUUCUCGAGAGCCUCACAAGUGAAUUGCCCAUCAUCUCCACCACCGAGAUGCAGAACUUCUCCGCUAUCAGCCACGAAGCACUGCUCGACCUCAAGUCGUACCUGUCUGGCUCCUUUGUUGCUGUAGGCGACGUCAUGAGCUCUGUCUUCGACCGCGACCUCGUAGCAAACACCAAGCACGUGGCAUAUCUUGCGGCAAACGCAAUUGUGUACGCGUGGAACGCCGUUCAUGACCUUCCCAUCAGCGUCCUCAACCCCGGAUCGUGGGUCAUCAGCUUUAGUGUGCCCGAGCCCUCGACGGCCGUCAACCAGGCGCUGUCGUACUGGUCCGGCACCGACCGAUUCUGGGCGAUCCUCUGCGGAUACUGGACCUUCUCGGCCAUCAGCGCGCUCUACUUGCGACGCGGUUCCCCGUUCUCGAGCGGCCAGACAGGCCAGGAGUGGGAAGCCUCAUUGAUCGACUUGCUGAACCAGGCCAGCGGCGUCAUGAAGGUCAUCCUCAUUAUCAGCAUCGAGAUGCUUAUCUUCCCGCUGUACUGUGGCCUCCUCCUGGACGUGGCGCUUCUGCCUCUCUUUGAGGCCACCACCCUCAAGUCGCGGCUCGCCUUCACGGUCAACUUCCCGCUGACGUCUAUAUUUGUGCACUGGUUCGUGGGAACGGGCUACAUGUUCCACUUUGCCCUGUUUGUGUCCAUGUGCCGUAAGAUCAUGCGCAAGGGCGUUCUCUACUUCAUCCGCGACCCCGACGACCCAGAAUUUCACCCCGUCCGCGACGUGCUGGAGCGCAAUGUCGUGACACAGCUACGGAAGAUUCUAUUCUCGGCCUUUGUGUACGGAGCAUUGGUCAUCGUCUGCCUUGGUGGUGUGGUUUGGGGCCUGGCUCUCAGCCUCCCCAACGUGUUGCCCAUCCACCACUCGUCCAACGAGCCCGUUCUGGAGUUCCCCGUCGACCUGCUGUUCUACAACUUUGCCAUGCCUCUGGCGGUCAAAUUCUUCAAGCCCAGCGACGGCUUGCACGCCAUGUACACCUGGUGGUUCCGCAAGUGCGCCCGCGGCCUGCGGCUGACAUGGUUUCUCUUCGGCGAGCGCCGCAUCGACGAGGAAGGGAUCCUGGCAUUGCGUCCAGGCUCGGACCUCGUUGAUCUACCAUGGUGGAAGCGGUGCUUCUUGGAGGUCAACUGGCAGAACAGAGUCGUGCCCAAGACGUGGGACGACACUUUUGAGGGUGGCACAGCCAAGCCGACGUCCUCCAUAUCGGACAGUGAAAUCGCCAUGAAGAGCCUCCGAAAGGAACGUCUCGUCGAAACGGGACAGCUGAUCGAAGACGGGCGCUUUGUACGCACACCUGCGUCGGACCAGGUCAAGAUACCCAAGGGAAGACGCGUCUUCAUACCCGUCACUGAGUCCAACACGCGUCUGGACGGUAAGACCGACUCGCCCGACACGGACAUCUACUCGACGGACCAGUACCAGCUGGUGUACAUCCCGCCGCACUUCCGAGCCAGAAUCUUCCUGUUCAUCAUGUUCAUCUGGAUCUUCGCCGCCGUCACGGGCGUCAGCUUCACCAUCGUGCCGCUCGUGUUCGGCCGCAAGAUGUUCAAGGUCCUCAUCCCGGCCCAUAUCCGGACCAAUGACAUUUAUGCCUUCAGCAUCGGCAUCUACAUCCUGGGCUCGGCAGCCUACUUCCUGUUCCACGCCCGCUCCCUGUUCAAGAAGACAACGGCCUGGGCGUCCUCUACUAUGCAGUCUGUGUGGCAGAGCAAUGCCGCGAUGGGGGUUGCGCUUAUGGGCGUCCAAGCCGCCAGACUUGCUUAUGCGUAUACCGUCCUCCUGGUUGUGGCGCCUCUCAUCCUGACGGCGCUCAUGGAGCUCUACUGCCUCAUCCCCCUCCACACCUACAUGUACCCGCCCACGCCUUAUAUCGCCGGGACCAACAACAGCGGACAGUUCACGGACGGCAUCGUCGUCUCCAACCAGCACACGACAAGGGUCAUACAGUCGUGGACUCUCGGCUUACUUUACGUCAAGCUCGGUGCCCGGGCCAUCACAAGCCUCUACGAAGGUACCCGCAUGGCACAUGCUGUCCGCGCUGUUCUGCGUCGCGGCUGGCUGCAGCCCGACGUGCUCGUACUGACGAGGGCGUUUGUGGUGCCUGGCCUCCUCGUUGGGGGCCUGGCGAUUUUCGGUCCUCCCUACGCGGUGGGCUGGAUGGAGUCGCACGGUUUUCUUGGAACGCCAGUGCCUGCGCCUCACGAGCUCAAGAUGAUCUACCGACUGUCUUAUCCCGCCGCGGCGUUCAGCGCGCUGGCGGCUAUGGUCUUCUGGAGCAUCGUGAGUGUGUUCAACAACUGGAAAGCGCGCAUCAGGGACGAGGCCUACCUUAUCGGAGAGAGGCUUCACAACUUUGGCGUGGGCGCUGCUGGUGCGGCGGGUACGCGUGGCCCUUGGAGAGUAAGAGGCCGAUUGUGA